GUUGUGCGCUUGUUUCAGUAGGCGGAGCGGCCCGGAGGGUCGGACGUCCUUCUGGAAACCUGCUCUCUGUCUUAGAAAACAACACAGGAUUAAAAAAAAAGUUAGCAAGGCAGUGGUGUGGGCACUUUGCUCAGCCGUCUAUCUGCUUGUAUAAAAUAUAUAUUUUCUCCUACACAAACGUUUGUAAUCUGCGAUAACUGAACAAGAGCGACAAACGACGCCGAGGUGGGCCACCUGAUCCAGGGAGAGGGAUUUUUUUUCCUCCUGCAUUCCUGAUGGAGUCGUACAGAGUGACUGGCAUUCCUAACAGCGGACCACAGCGGGGCCACACUCAGCCGUCCCGCCCCUCCAGGCCCCACAGUAAUGGAGCCGGUACAUACGGCCUCAGCAUCCGUGUCCAGGGUAUAGAUGGACACCCAUACGUCGUUCUCAACAACCAGGACAGGACUCCUCAAUCCUAUAUCGACCCUAACACUAACGGGUACAUCGACACAGAGGGCUCUUUUAUCGAGAACUACGAGGAGUAUGAUUUCAGGGGAGGAAAGGAGGCUGGAUCCAACAGCCCCUUCAUGGAGUACAGGUCUCAGAAGAUGAUGCAUUACACUGGUCCUCAAAAUGGCAUUGCAGAUUCACAUGGAAAGAAGUCAUCCACCCUUCUGAACUUUCAGAAGCAUCCUGAGAUACUGCAGCCGUAUGAUCCGGACACCAACUCCCUGAACAUCGAUGGUUUCCAUAGUCUGCCUUCAAGGCCUUUGCCUCUGGCUGGCACUGGGAACCAACAGCAGAGUUCCUCCUCCAAAUCUGCUGUGGCUACAUCGUCUCACGUUAAGUCAUCAAGCCCUGACUGGAAUACAGCUCCUGCACAGCGAGAGAAAAAGCAACUUCCAUCCCAGAGUGAGACAGCCAUUCCUAAGCCAAAGUCUCAGUCUUUGCCUCCAGCCCAGCACCCUCAGCCUCAGACCAAGACACAAUCACAAGUGGCUCAGCCGCAGUCCAAACCUCGUCUCACCAGCCUAAAUCCACCUCAGUCCAAGCCAGUCUCUAAAACCCAGCACCAACCAGUGCCUCCAGCCCAGCCUCAGGCCUCAACCGUCUCGAGUCCCACGAGUGAGCAGAGCAAGACAUCAUGCAGAUCCCCCAGCUCUAUGAGCAGUGCCAGCUCCAGCCUGGAGCGCACCCACCGUGAGCCCGAUGUCCUUCCUCUACGCAGGACUGAUUCCAGCGGACCAGUACUCCAGUCCUCUUCCCGCUCACGCCACUCUUCUUCAUCUUCCACCUCUAAGACUCUGGCAGACGAACAGAUGGACGCACUGUACGCAGACACCAUCAACCGACACGAGAACCGCCGCUACAUCCCUUUCCUCCCCGGUUCAGGCAGAGACAUUGACACGGGCUCCAUUCCUGGUGUCGAUGAGCUCAUUGAGAAGUUUGAUGGCAAAGAUGGCAGCCACCAGCGCAGGGGCAGGGCAGGUCGCAGGAACCGGAUCAAUCCAGAAGACAGGAAGCGCUCACGCAGUGUGGACAGUGCCUACGGCCUGCGAGGUGGCUCUAGCUUCAUGGACGAGUUUAUCCCCCAGCGAGGCACAUCAAUGGAGCAUGUCCUACGGCCCUCGCAGCUACGGCUGCAGAAAACAGCCGGCAGUCACGACUCCUGGGUCACGGCCUUAGAUGGUAAGAGUGACUCCAUGGCUUUGUCUCGUGCCACCAGCGCGCCUGGCUCACCCCAGAGUACCAUCUCUAAAGGUGUGGGCUCCAUACAGGGUUAUAAGAAGCCACAGACUCACUCCUCCUCACUAUCAUUAAAGAGUAAAGAUAGCGUGGAUGGUGCCUCUUCAGCUGGAAAAGUUUCGACAACAUCACUGUCAACAUCACUAUCUAAAUCUUCUUCCACUGCAGACAAAAAGCCCAGCACAGAGGCAGAUGUUCAGGCGACACCUGAUCUACUGAAAGGUCAACAGGAGCUUUCACAACAAACACAUGAAGAGACAGCUAAACAAAUUUUGUUCAGUUACCUUAAGGAUGGAAGCAACGACAGUGAUGAGACGACAAAGAGAAAGGUCAACCUCGUCUUUGAGAAGAUACAGACCUUGAAGUCUCGGGCCACGGCGAGUUCACAAGGCGAAAACAAAUCCCUGGACUUUGCUGCACAGGCCAAAGCUCUGCAGGAGCAAAAUGCUGAACUGGAGAAAAAAAUGGCUGAACUGAAGAGACAACUUGAGAACAACCAGGCUGACAAGAGGACCGUGGCAGGUUUGAAAGAGCUGCAGCAGGAGCUGGAGCGGAUUGCAGAGGAGUGCAAGCGUCUGAAGGAAAAACUAGUCAAAACGGAGGCCGAGCUUCAGUCCACAGUGGAAGAGCUGUUCCAGGUGAAGAUGGAGAGAGAGCAAUACCAGACGGAGAUCAGAGACCUGCAGGACCAGCUGUCUGAGAUGCAUGACGAGCUUGACUCGGCCAAGAAGUCAACCUCUGAUGGAGAGAAAGACAUCAUUAUGGCGGACAUGAUGCAGCUGAAACUGGAGAUGCAGGAAGUUCUCCUGGCCAAGGAGGAGCACGAGGAGGUGCUCAGGAGGCGAGAGAGGGAGCUGACAGCUCUGAAAGGAGCCCUGAAGGAGGAAGUGGCCGUUCAUGAUCAGGAGGUGGACAAGAUGAGGGAGCAGUAUGAGAAGGAAAUAAGCAAGCUGCAGGCGUCUUUGGAGGAGGCAAAGCAGAGCAGCGCAGUGGUGGUCCGUGAGAAGGCUGAAGUUGAGGCAGCCAAGGGUGCAGUGGAGGGCCAAGCAGGACGGCUGACCCAAGAGGCAGAGCGACUGCGCAGGCGGGCGCAAGAGCUGGAAAAUGAGGUGGCCAAACUCAACCGCAUCAUCGAUGAGGCCAAGCUACAGGAGAGCAGGCUGGGGGACAGAGUUGGUCGACUGGAGAGAGAGAAAAAGCAACUGGAAGAAUCUUUGGCUGAAAUUAAAGAGCAAGAAGAAGAAAUGUCACGUGCCAAUCGAGCGUUGACCAUUCGGUUGGAGGAUGUGCAGAGGAACUUGACCAAACUGAGCAUUGAACACAAGGACUUGGAAGAGAGGUUACAAGAGGAGAGGACACAGAAGGAGCAGUUCAAGAACAUGAAGAACGACAUAGAGGAUGAGAGGAGGUUGCUGGACCGUACGGUGGAGAAACUCCAGAGAGAGAUGAACGAUAUUGUGGAUGCAUCCCAGUCGUCCACCAGGGAGCUGCAGGAGCAGAUUGACAUUUAUAAAGAGAAGAACCGUCGGGAGCUGACGGAGCUGCAGAGACUUUUAAAGGAGCGAGGACAGGAGCUGGAGAAGUACCUACUCGCUACCAAAACCCUGCAAGAAGAGUUGUCACGCCAGGAGGAGGACCUGCGGCGGUGUCAGAGGGAACGAGACGAGGCUUUGCUCAGGGAACAGACGCUGGAGAAACAGGUCCAUGAUCUUGAGGUGGCAGCUGAGACAAAGGCCCACACUAAAGAAGACAAAGCUCGACACAUCAAACUCAUGGAGGACAGGAUUACUCAGCUGGAGUUGGACCUGGAUGAGGAGCGUCAGAGCGGAGACCAGCUGAUGGACAGGAUAGACCGAGGAAGAGAUCAGGUGGAGCAGAUGAGGAAUGAACUCCUGCAGGAGAGGGCUAGCAGACAGGACCUGGAGUGUGACAAGAUGGCUCUGGAGAGACAGAAUAAAGACCUGAAGAGCAGAGUGUCUCAUCUAGAGGGCUCCCAGAAGUCCAACAAAGAGGGCCUGGUAGCCCAGCUGGAGGAACGCAUACAGGAGCUGGAGGAGAGGCUGGAGGGGGAGGAAAGGGAGCGUGCCAACCUGCAGCUGGUGAACCGCAGGCUAGAGAGGAAGGUAAAAGAGAUGAUGAUGCAAGGUGAAGAAGAACAUAACUCACUGCAAGAUCAAAAGGACCAAUUGAAUCUGCGUCUGAAGGCCUUGAAGCGGCAGAUGGAUGAGGCUGAGGAGGAGAUCGACCGACUAGAGCACAGCAAGAAGAAGCUACAGAGAGACCUGGAUGAGCAACAGGAGGCCAACGAGCAGCUCCAGAGCCAGCUCAAAGCUCUGCGAAAUGAGAUGAGGCGUAAGAGCAACUCUGCUCCGCUGCUUAACAGUCUGCAUGACGAUGACGACGAUGACGAUGACAUCAGCACUGAUGGGGAGACGUACUUCAGCUCAUCAUCGGGUUACAAGCGCUCCUCGAGUCAGGAUAACAUCUUGUCCACCUUCUCUAUGUAAACAAACCAUAAAGGUUGAGCAUAGCUGCUGUAUAUUCAUCACUGUCGGACCAAACGGCUGAAGAUCUGUGUGAACAAAACUGUAGACAUUACACCGAAGCAUCUGUGUCAAUAUUAUUUCCAGAGACUUUCCAGCUAAUAUUCAGAUCAUUUAAAAUGUUUGGGUUUUUUUGUGCAAAUAUCCACACUUCAUAUCUCCAGGAUAAUAAUUCUGGGUACAAUCUCAAUGUCCAUAAAUUCACUCAGUAUUAUUUGAGCAGCUCUGAGAUCAAUGAUGACAUUUUUGAUGAUUUAGUCCGUCCCGUAGAAAUGUAUAUACUGUUUUAAUCUAGUGAUUUUACAUUCCCACAUUUAGUCUUGUGUAAAUUUGUCAGUGCUAUUCUGAGUGGAUUACACAUGCUUGUCAAUGAUUAUUCUAGCGUUAGUAAACUUGAAAACGCACUCUUUAAUGCACUGUAAAACAACACCUUUGAGUACUGCCUUUGUGAACAGUGUGAAGUUAUUAACACUUACUUUUUUAUGCUUAUCGUAUAUGUUAAAUUUACAUACAGUAUCUGAAUAUUAAUUUUUGUAUCAUGCAGUCAAAUAAAAUAUAUUUUCCUUUUUUUGUUUUUAUUUUUAAAGAAUGAAGAUCAAAUUCGAAUAUAUGAAGUGAGGAUGACAGAAUCUUUUUUUUUUUAUUUAUUCAUAUACAAAAUCCUGACUCAGUGACGGGUUUAGGGAACAGUAAAUGAGGGACUUUGUGCACACAUUCAUUUUAUACAGUUUUAUAUGGUCUGACUACAUAAUAUAGAUCCAUUAAAAUGUUAUCAACAGGCAUUCAUUGUCAGUUUAUCACACAUGUUACUCCAAACAUUAAUCACACCACAGUAUUACUGAUAAAUCUACUGGGAAAGGGUGCUGCAUACAAUCAUUUGAAUCUCAAUCUUUCUUUUUUCAUUUUUCUUUUCUGAGAUUAUUGAUUACUGAAGACAAUUAUUAUACUGCAAACACUUGUUUUUAUCUUCAAACUGUGGUGUUUUUUUUGUUGUUGUUUUUUUUUCCCAAUGUUGAUACCGAACAUGUCUUUUUAAUAAACCUUGUUCAUGUGUGUUUGAAUCAUGUCACCAUGUACAGUACAUACUAUGGCCUUGUAAAUGCCUGUAAAAGAAUGUGUGGAUCUUACCUUGAACCGAAUGAGGGAAUUUCUUCACAUGGGAUAAACUGACAAUUGAUGAUGUUUUUGCUACACUGUGAUUAUUUGCACUCUCUGUUGACUCUGUGCUGAAUAUGCCCAAGUCUGACGCCUGUUGAGGGAGAGUGGAUUGAGACAAAUUCCUGCCACUACCUCUCUGUACACAUUUAUAUGUUCAUAAAUCCUGCUGAGACUAAAAUAAAGUUACUUCCAGUUAUUCUCA